CAUGUUUAUCUUUAUAGCCUGUGGUGAGGAAUGGACACUAUUUAAAGAUUAUUGUUAUUGGUUUUCAAACAAGACUAGCACAUUUAAUGGAGCUGUUGCCGAGUGCAUCGGAAAGCAGUCAGCAUUAGUUGAACUUUAUGGAAGUGCAGAAGAAAACUGGUUGCGACUUCAAAGUGCUAUUCAAGGGUAUACUCAUAUAUGGAUUGGGGUGACAGAUUUGGCCCAUGAAGGCAAUUUUGUGUUUGUUUCUAACAACAUCAGAGUUCAGUAUAUGUACAGUAACUGGCAUAAAGGAGAACCUGGAGGUGGGAGGGCGCAAAAUUGCGCGAUAAUUACUCCUUCAUACACUGAAUGGCACGAUUAUCCGUGUGGUGAUAAGUUCAAUUAUGUUUGUAAAAGAUUGGUCUAAUUAGAUGUUAUAUUAAGUGACCCAUUAAACGUUGAUGUUGAUGAGAACGACGUUUACGAUCUCUCAGACAAGAUGAACAUCAAGUAAUGUACCAAAUAUAUGUAUCAAUCCAUACUUUUGAAUAGAUUUAUUAGAAAUAU